AUGUCAGUUCGAGAAUUAACUGUGAACCAAUCCAAAUUGGAACAAGCCUUUGGCGUAAAGAAACUAGCUGAGAACCAUUAUGAAGGUGUGACACCUUUAAAUAAACCAUCUUUGAACUCCAGAGGUGUCUAUGGAGGAAAUUUGUGUGGCCAGGCCCUCCUAGUGGCUAUGGAGACCGUUCCGGAAGGCUUUACACCUCACUCUUUGCACUCAUACUUUGUAAAGGCUGGUGAUGACACUAUACCUUGCCAAUUCAGUGUAGAACAAGUACUGAACGGUAAAAAUUUCGCCAAUAGGUUGAUCAAGGUUACUCAAAAGGGAGAAACAAAGUAUAUAGUGAUGAUUUCUUUAACGGCUAAGAAUUCGUUAUUGGAAGCAAAUAAAAAUUACAUCAACAACCAAAUGUCUGGAGAUGGCACUGCUAGCUUGCCAAUGGAUUUCCAGGUGCCACCGCCUGCACCUUUUUCAAGACAUCUUCAUUCCGAAUUGGAAACCAGGACUGAUUUUGAUCACACCAAUACCUUACAACAUAAGUUCUCUCCAAAUUUCCAUAACCCAUCGCUCACGCAAAGAGAAGAAGCAAAGAAGGCUGCAGCUGAAAGAGAUUUAUCAUUUUGGAUUCGAGUUGACGACAAAUUGCUGCACCUUAGCAGUAACGCCAACUCAAAGUUGAAAUUUGCUGGAUUUGGGGUCGUUUCUGACUCUCUUUACUUGACAUCUUUGUCUAGAAUCUUACAUUUACCCUUGAAGGAGAAAUUGACCAGUGGUGGGAAAGGUGAGCAUUUCUUCUCCAUCUCGUUGGAUCAUAGCAUCUAUUUCCACGACACGGAAUUUGACCCUACGAAAUGGAUGUUUUUCAAUUUCAGAGCUCCCAGAUUUGCAAACAAUAGGGUGUUGUUGCAGGGUAGCUACUACAACGAAGACGGGAAAUUGUUUGCAAGUAUAGUGCAGGAGGGAUUGGUUUUCUUCCACUCUGGUUCAGAACUGAAAGCAAAGUUGUAA